UGUUCUAACGAAACGCCAGAAAUACUGUAAAAAUAGUGAAAAUUAUCUUAGAAACUAGUAAAUUGUUGUAUAAUUAAGCAUAAUCUAUGCAUAGGGAAAUGGCUGGAUUGGAGGAAUACGAAAGAUAUUUGGAGGAUGAUGAAGAUCAAUUAGAUAAUUUAUCGCGGUUCCAUCCAACCCUAAAAUCACCAGUUGAAACAGCACACUACCAGUUUAUAAAUUCUGAGCGAGACCUCACACUACCACUUCAAAAGCAUAAAAAUGCUCAACCAAUAUACGAGAGUCCAGAGGAUGAUAUUUCACUAAAAAAGUACCUUGGAGCUAGUGUAAAUCUGAUUAGUUUGAUUACUGAAAAUCUGCUGUGUCAUCCAUUCUUGGUACUUCGGCGCCAAUGCCAAGUGCACCACAGUUCUUUAAAAUACCACAUUGUACCGCUGACGCUGGUGCCGGUAAUCGUACAUCUUCACCAGCGGCAAGGUGUCACAACGUUAUGGAAAGGCAUUGGAAGUAUUUUGCUAGUUCGUGGCAUGACACUGGCUGUUGAAGAUGUAAUAUCAAAGUUUACACCGUGGCCUAAGGAAGUUAACUCUAAAACCACUGCUAAACAAUUUGGACAACAUUUGUUACUUAAAUGCAUUAGCUUGGCUAGUAUUGUACCAUUUUAUUCGGCAUCACUUGUGGAAACCGUGCAAAGUGACAUUGCGAGUGAAAAACCAGGAAUUUUCGACGUUUUCCGAGAGGGUGCUAGUCGAUUGCUAUCGUGGAGUGUGCCGCAAAAAGGUCGCAUGUUACCCAUAUGGGCUCUGGUUGGUCCAAGCAUUUCAUUAGGGAUAUCUAAGUAUAUUUGCCAAUUAUUCGUGCGAGGUAUAUCCACACGCAUCAUGUGCCGUCGAGUUAUCUUUUUUGAUAAGAAGCGAGGCGCACGACAUCGUGAUUUUGCAGCCCAAAGUCAAGUUAUUGAGGUAUACUCAACAAUGAUUUCAUUAAUGACGACAGAGAUUAUAUUCUACCCAUUUGAAACCAUUCUGCAUCGAAUUCAACUGCAAGGAACUCGUACAAUCAUCGAUAAUUUGGAUACCGGAUACUCUGUUGUUCCAAUACUAACUAGUUAUGAAGGUGUUGUAGAUUGUUAUCGCCAAACUGUUUCUACCGAAGGUGUGUCCGGAUUGUACAAAGGCUUUGGUGCGAUGCUACUGCAGUUUGCGGCACACGUUGCCGUAAUUAAGCUCGGAAAGUGGAUAAUUACACAGAUAUCCGAAGUGAUGUCAAACAAACCUCCACCGAAAGUGGCAGAGUUCUAUAAUCUGGACGCUAAAAAUUCUGUUGGUUCUGUCAGUGUUUCAAGAAGCAUUAGUGGAAUAAGUUCUCUGAGUGAUGAACUGUCUUAGUUAUCUUAAAAUUUCUGUUUCGCUAAUCACCAAAAAAUAUUGUU